CUCACUGCAGUGCUUCAGGCUUCAGCAGCCUUGGAGAAGCAUCAGCUGAGAGGAGCUAUCACAUGGGAGCCGGGACUGCUCAGCAAAGAUGGAUUUAUGAGGAAACUGAAAUUCAGAAGAUUCACAGAGUUAGUAAUGCCCAGAACUGGGACUAGAAACUAAAUUUUGUGCUCCUUCUACUCCCCAGCAGCUCUUGCCAUUCUGAGGAGACAAGAAAUCAGGAAAUUUACAUAAGGAACCCUAAAACUGAGGCACUAUCCCAGAGAUCAGCAGGACCCUGGGAAGGAGAAACAGGAUUUAGAAUCCCCGGCUAACAGUUCUGGAAAGGGUAGAAGGGUAUGGAGAACAAGAAUGGCAGAAACGAGAUGGAAAAGGAAGAGGUGAAGGCCAUUCCGAAAGCGGAGUGUUGAGUGGGUCAGGCUCCUGCACCUCUCACGUCUCCUGCUUCUUAGCAGUCACCAAGGCAGACCCUGGAGCUACCUCCGGCCAGAAAGGGGAUGAGCUUCUGAUCCUUCAGCUGCCUGGCCUGGCGCUCUGUACGCAGACAAACCUGCCCAAGAGGCUCCAGUGGGAGGUGCCCCCUACGAAACCAGGAAGCCUGGGCCUGGGCUCACCAUCCCAGGGUCGCUGGACUAGGAUGGGGGAUGGGCCUGUGACAGGAGGUACCCUGGGUGCCCUCUUUCGGCCCCAUGGAGUCCUCACCCAUCCCCCAGUCAUCAGGGAACUCUUCCACUUUGGGGAGGGUCCCUCAAACCCCAGGUCCCUCUACUGCCAGUGGGGUCCCGGAGGUGGGGCUACGGGAUGUUGCUUCAGAAUCUGUGGCCCUCUUCUUCAUGCUCCUGCUGGACUUGACUGCUGUGGCUGGCAAUGCCGCUGUGAUGGCCGUGAUCGCCAAGACGCCUGCCCUCCGAAAAUUUGUCUUCGUCUUCCACCUCUGCCUGGUGGACCUGCUGGCUGCCCUGACCCUCAUGCCCCUGGCCAUGCUCUCCAGCUCCGCCCUCUUUGACCACGCCCUCUUUGGGGAGGUGGCCUGCCGCCUCUACUUGUUUCUGAGCGUGUGCUUUGUCAGCCUGGCCAUCCUCUCGGUGUCAGCCAUCAAUGUGGAGCGCUACUAUUACGUGGUCCACCCCAUGCGCUACGAGGUGCGCAUGACGCUGGGGCUGGUGGCCUCUGUGCUGGUGGGUGUGUGGGUGAAGGCCUUGGCCAUGGCUUCUGUGCCAGUGUUGGGAAGGGUCUCCUGGGAGGAAGGAGCUCCCAGUGUCCCCCCAGGCUGUUCACUCCAAUGGAGCCACAGUGCCUACUGCCAGCUUUUUGUGGUGGUCUUUGCUGUCCUUUACUUUCUGUUGCCCCUGCUCCUCAUCCUUGUGGUCUACUGCAGCAUGUUCCGAGUGGCCCGCGUGGCUGCCAUGCAGCACGGGCCGCUGCCCACGUGGAUGGAGACACCCCGGCAACGCUCCGAAUCUCUCAGCAGCCGCUCCACGAUGGUCACCAGCUCGGGGGCCCCCCAGACCACCCCACACCGGACGUUUGGGGGAGGGAAAGCAGCAGUGGUUCUCCUGGCUGUAGGGGGACAGUUCCUGCUCUGUUGGUUGCCCUACUUCUCUUUCCACCUCUAUGUUGCCCUGAGUGCUCAGCCCAUUUCAACUGGGCAGGUGGAGAGUGUGGUCACCUGGAUUGGCUACUUUUGCUUCACUUCCAACCCUUUCUUCUAUGGAUGUCUCAACCGGCAGAUCCGGGGGGAGCUCAGCAAGCAGUUUGUCUGCUUCUUCAAGCCAGCUCCAGAGGAGGAGCUGAGGCUGCCUAGCCGGGAGGGCUCCAUUGAGGAGAACUUCCUGCAGUUCCUCCAGGGGACUGGCUGUCCUUCUGAGUCCUGGGUUUCCCGACCCCUACCCAGCCCCAAGCAGGAGCCACCUGCUGUUGACUUUCGAAUCCCAGGCCAGAUAGCUGAGGAGACCUCUGAGUUCCUGGAGCAGCAACUCACCAGCGACAUCAUCAUGUCAGACAGCUACCUCCGUCCUGCCGCCUCACCCCGGCUGGAGUCAUGAUGGGCCGCUGGACACUCGGAGGGAUAUGGGGCUGGGGCCAGUUAUGAUUGCAAGGACCACCUUGUGGGAUCACCUUUUCCCAGCUGGCUAGGGCUGAGGCUGGGGUCUCGCACACAGCUUUUGCUUAGUGUUUCCUGGGUCAGGAACAGAGUCAACAGGAUGAACGUGUGCAAAAGCCUUGGACUUGGCUGUGAUCUUUGACUGCUAGGGGAGGGAACCUGGGUAUGGUGAGACGGUGACGAGAGAAAAGGGUCACAAAGGUGAGGUGAAACCUCUCAAUUGGUGAAAUUUCCAUGCUUCCAGAAGCAGGGAAUUCUCUAAGGGUAGGAGUUGGAGGAUACAGGGCAGCAGGCCAGGUUUGGAGUUAUUCUAGGGGCCAUUUAGGAUAUUUUAUUUUUCAGUGUAAUUGUCCAGGGCAGUAAUUGCACCCAAGCAAGGUAAGAAAAUGACCCAUGUUUUCUCAUUUCCUUGCUAGGUUUAAAAAGAACUAAAUUAUAGCCAAGUGUUUCCACUUGAGUUAAUAGAUCAUUUUUCUGGUUUUAUACCUGAGAUUUCCUUAAAAUGAGAGGACCAGUAGGGUGUAUUCCUUUACUGAGUUUGGCCAGAAACAAGGCAAAAUAGAAAUUAGGGUACAUGGAGUAGAAGAUAGGAAAGCUGACUGCAGCUCUCUCUCUCCCACUCUUCAGGAAAAGCCCUUCUGUUCUAUUUUUCUGUCUCUCUCCUGCACACAGGAGAUCAAGGGUAGAGCCUGAUCUUAGCAGAGACAAGAAUAAGGCAGGAUGGCUUUCCUCUCUUUUAGGAGGAAGAAUUAGAAUGACUGGGGGUCAGACGGGCGAGGGUGGAGGUUAGCAUUUGAAUUGGUAAAGUAGCUGGAAACAGAGAGGCCAGGUAAUCAGCCUGAUCAAUAAUACUGCGAAUCUUUUCUUUCCAGGACUGGCCUCCCUGAUCUCUCUCCUCAUGGCAGCGACCCACCUCCAGUCCCCUGGACAAUCGGGUACAAGAGACUUAAGGUUGGGCAUGGGAAGGGUGGGGUUUCCAUGAUCCAUUAAAUGCCUUCCUACUCCCA